AUCUAUGUUGGUAAACUUCAGAUUUCUGAAGGUUAUCUAACAUUUGAAUCUAAUGAAAAAAAACAAUGUAGUCUAGUUUUACCUUUAUAUACUGUACAAAGAGUUGAACGUCUCUUUAGCAAAACACAUGCUUUUGCUUUAUCUAUAGGGACUUGGCACAAAAUGAAAUUAUUAUUUCAAAUCAAUAUUCCAAAAACUUCAAUUGACAAGUUUUGUGUGAUUCUUAGAGAUAAUUUAAAAGAUCAAGUUCAUCUUAUGAAGUCUUUAAAAUCAUUUUUAAGUACUUGUUAUUCAGAAACUUUAACAGAUUCUAAAAAGGAACCAAAGGAGUAUUCUUUUGGAGGAUUGGGUUUAACUUUUGGAUUUCCGGGAGAUGCUAAAAA